CACUUGCGCUUCAAUCCAAACAGAUUAAACGCGACACAGAAGAUAACAAUGGCAGUGAGAGCUGUGAUACAAUUAAACCGAUGGCAUCGCUUCUACUCUUCCCGGCCGGCAUUAUUCAAUCUCAUCCACUCACACUCCCCUUUAAACAUUCAUCACCGUUUCUUUUUCACCGGACUGCCGUGUUACAACCGAGACGUCCGUUUUGAAUCACGCGCCCUCAGGUUUCAAAACGCUUCUCUAGAACCUUCCGAGAUGAGCGAUGCAGAUGAUAAUAAGAAGAGCCGAAACGAGAAGAAACGCGAGGCUCGCCGCGCCGUUGCCUGGGCUGUGGACCUCGCUGCUUUUUCUCCCGCUCAAAUUAAACGUAUUCUCAGAGUGGCGUCUCUGGAGACGGAUGUGUUUGAUGAAACGGAUGUGUAUGAUGCUCUCAUGCUAGUCAAGAGAUUGGGCCGUGAUGUUAGGGAAGGCAAGCGGAGGCAGUUCAGCUAUAUAGGAAGGCUAAUACGAGACGUGGAACCAGAUCUGAUGGAUGGCUUGAUUCAGGCCUCAAAAGACGGGGACAUGAGUAAAUUUGAGAGUUUGUAUACUUCAGAAAUAGGGUCCAGUGAGGAUGAUGUUGAAGAGGAGAGUGGAUCUGAUGAUGACCUUGAGAUUCCUGAAGAAUGCAUUAAUACUGCAAAUAGAUGGUUUGAUGGGCUGAUGAAUAGAGAUAUGGAUAUUAGCAAUGAAAUUUAUUCAGUGCGUACUGUUGAAUUUGAUCGGCAGGACUUGCGAAAACUUGUACGUGAAGUAUACACUCUGCAAGAUGAAAUUGCUUCUGAGGAAGCUGAAGGUGAAGAUAAAGAUCUGAUGGCUGCUAAAAAAUCCCUUGCUCGUUUUCUCCGAGAAAUUGCCAAGCAGCUGCCAUUCGAAUAAAUUUUUGUUUUAUUAGAAUCAAAGCAUGUAUACCGUAUGGCAUAUUCUGCAAAAACCACACUAGAACGAUAUGAUAAUUAAUUAGAAGUGAUGCCUCUCUUUAUGCUUUUA